AUGAUGACGAAGAAUUUGAAUGCUCCCGUAAAAGUACAAGAAAAGCCAGAUUACACAAAGUACAGUAAAACCACAAAACAUGCAAGAGUAUACCCAAAACCACAUUACAACGAAGUAGUGCCAAGUCCCGUUAGAGCCAUAAUAAAUUCACCAUUUAAAUGUGUUGAAGUUCAACGUUUCCAAGACUUCAUGAAAAACAGUUGUAACCGUUAUGGCGGAUGGGAUGAAUACAAUCAUAAUAUUUUUGUAAAUAUUUGGAGUAAACACUACAACGGUGACGAAGUAUUUGAUACGCCGCCAUUUUCGGACGUUACUUACAUUAGAUUUCAAGAUGAAGUUCUACAAAAGAUAUUUGGAGUAAAAGUUGAAGAUGUUAAAUCUCAUACGCAGUGGUAUGUCGAAUAUAGCAAUUUAAAAAAAUGCCAAGAAUUAGCUCUUAGCAAGUGGAGAGAAAACAAGAGAAAAAUAAAAAAUCCCAAGCAAAUUAACAAGAUGAGGGGUGAUAGUGUGAGCUGUGAACGUACAAACUCUAAAGCUAGCACUAGAUUAUGCAAGAAAGAGAAAGGGAAUUCUGCAGUUGUUAACGGAAAUAAAACCAACGACCAAGCUUUGGAGUCCGGAAUGGAUAAACUCGUACAGGAAUUAGAUUUGAGUGAUAACUGUACAGAAACAUUGGAUUUAAAUUUUAUUCUACAUAACAAUAUGUCAGCAAAUAAUGGUAGAAAUUUCAAACGAGCGCGUGAUACCUCUUCGACGAUAUAUAAGCCGACAGAACAAUGGAAAAGUCGAUGUCAAGGAAAAAGCGACAUCAUUGGCCAUCUUAACAUAGAUGAUAUGAAAAAACUGAAAACACCAAUAUGGCGUAUAGAUUUGAAAUAGUCACACUUGUAUUUGAUUAUACAAUGCAAUUUGUAUGUUUACCACAUUAUUAAUAUAACUACGUGUGAUUCUUGGAAUUUUAAUCUUACAUUGUUGUGACUAUUGUACCUCGGGACCAAGAAGAUACCGAUUGACACAAGUUUUGUGUUGGUGAUAUGGAUAGUUAAGAACGAUAAACAUACACGUGUUUUUUUAAUGGUAGGGAUGUUUCAUGGAAGUCAAAUUAAACUCCUUAAUUCAUGUUUUGCAACAAAUGUAAUUCAACAAUUGAACUAAUUUAACAAAUAAAAAUACUUAAAUAAAAAUCUAACCCAUACAUAUUUACCGUUUUUGUUUUACAUUUAAUUCAUAAUGUAUUUCUGAAUAAUCUAAAAAACCGGUGGUAAAGCGGUAAAUGGUAAAUAUUAUAAUACUCAAACGUGCUUCUAGAAGAAGUCGUGUUGAAUAAAUGAAUAUAUAUAGUAAUAUAUAGUCUCAUCUUUAAAAACACAUCAAGCAAUUUUUUCGUAAUUUUUUGUCGUAUACAAGUAAGUAACAAUUUAUGGAUAAAAAAAAUCUUUGUCAUUUCAUAAUAUGCAUGUUGACGUAAUAUUGUAAAAAUCGUUAGGUUUGUAAUCUAAGCGACCACAUUGCAAAUUCAAAAUUUUUUAUCAUUAGUUCGUAAACUGAUUAAAAUUUAACGCAUAAUUUUAGCUAACAGUUAAAUUCGCAAUUCAUUAAUUCGCAAGCAAACGCGUCUGUAUAGUUUUAAAAUAAACUAAACCAAACCUUUUUUUUUU